AUGUCGGACGGCAGUCGCACUCCAUCUUCCUCACCUCCCAAGGCUCGCAUCGGCGACAGCGGCAAGAAGGCCAGUGGCAUCAAAAUUGGUGACGCGCCCAAGCUCGGCGAUGACGGCGCCGGCGGGUCGCACCAAGUCGUGGUGGAGCGCGUCGUCAGGGAGUCGAGCUCGUCGGUGGUGCUACCGGAUGUGGUGGAGGCGGUCAGCAAGGAUCGCGCCAAGGAUCGGCGGGCGUUGGCCGCCAUCUUGCGCGCAGUGCCGCCGGAGAUGAAGGCCGGGCUCGCCGUGAAGAAGUCGGCGAAAGAAGCGUGGGACGCGGUGAAGAUGAUGAGGGUCAGCGAUGAUCGCGUGAAGUCCGCGAGCGUGCAACGUCUCUUGAAGGAGUUCGAGAACGUCGCGUUCCGCGACGGGGAGUCCGUCGACGACUUCGCGAUGCGCAUCAACGGGCUUGUCGGCAGCCUGCGCGAGCUUGGCGAGGCAAUGGAAGACAGCCGUGUGGUGAAGAAGGUCCUGCGCGUGGUCCCCAAGAAGAUGAAGCAGGUCGCGGUGGCGAUCGAGAUGCUUGCGGACAUCAACGCCAUGUCCGUGGAGGACCUCGUCGGGCGGCUGCGCGUGGCAGAGGAUGCUGACGCCGAAGAAGCUACGGGCGAUGCCGGGCGACUGCUGCUCACCGAGAAGCAAUGGGAGGCGCGCCGGCGUCAGCGUCGUGGGAAGGAGCGCGAACGCAGCGGUGACGCGCGCCACGGCGACGGCGACAGGAAGGAAGGCCGUAACGGCGGCCAUGAAGACGACAACGACGACGAUGAUGGAGGGAGCAGCGUCAGUUCGGGCGCAACCAGGCGCCGACGCAGCUCCGGCAAGGGCAAGUGCUUCAACUGUGGCGUCCGUGGCCACUUCUCGAGGGAGUGCCCCAAGCCAAGGAAGGAGGAGGCGUUGUUCGCCGACGCCGACGAUGAGCCGACGCUCCUGUAG